CUUUCCAACUGCCUGACUGCUUGUUUUCCUUACCGGCAGGAGCUCCAGCAUCUCCUUGGCUCGAAAUGGAUCCCAACUGCUCCUGCGCCACUGGUGGCUCCUGCACGUGCGCCGGCUCCUGCAAGUGCAAAGAGUGCAAAUGCACCUCCUGCAAGAAGAGCUGCUGCUCCUGCUGCCCCGUGGGCUGUGCCAAGUGUGCCCAGGGCUGCGUCUGCAAAGGGGCGUCAGAGAAGUGCAGCUGCUGUGCCUGAUGUGGGGACAACUCUGCUCCCAGAUGUAAAUACAGUAACCUGCACAACCUGGAUUUUUUUAAAUACAACCCUGAGCCAUUUUCUGCAUUUCUUUUUAUAUUAAAUAUGUGAUUGUUUUAUUGCUAUAAAAGAAUUUUGACUUGAAAAAAAAAAAAAA